UCUUAUAACAUUUUUAUCUUAAAAAAAAUAUGAAGGGGGUUGAAAUUAAAAAAAGUGAAAAGUUCAAAAAAAAAAAAACAUAAGAAGAGCAAAACACCAUGCACCUAGUUGAAUCUAUUUUUCCUAUAUCUUAUGCGGGUUGUGUCUUGCUUGGAGGAUCCAUGAGGAUGAGCUAGACUAGGUACGUAGCUGCACGAAUUUCCGGCUGUGUCUACAAAAACUCUUUGGAACUCCUUGUCUAUGGCUCUGUAGAGAUGUUGCACGAGCCGUAGAGAACGGAGACAGAGAUGUUGCAGGCUCCUCAGCUAUGCUUGGCUUCUCUGGAGGAUGACUAACCCCACGGAACGAGCUAGAACCAGCUUCAUCAUCACCAGCAGCCACAACCUCUUCAAUCUCCAGCAAAGGAUAGUUUGAUUCCAUCGUUGGCGGCCUUACCACAGGCUCAAACUCUUGAAAAUGAUUCAGAUAACCACCAAAGUGACCCAUCAUCUCGUCUCUAUGCCUCUUAAGCUCACCAACUCUUUCCAUAUCCAGCAUUCAUACGAGAUCUUUAACACUCCAAAACAAAUCUUUUUAUACCUUAUGAAAAAGCCAAACAUGUCAACUAAAUCAAUCAAACAAAAUGAGACCAUUGUUCUGAAUCUUGUCUGAGAAUAAAUAACUAAGCACAAUAGAACACAAUAGAAGUUGUAACACGUGAUUUGGUGAUAAACAAAGACCAACAUGCAAGGAUCAGACUUUUUAGUGAGAAACAAACAUCACACCAAAAGACCUUGAAAUGAACCCACUUGAAAAACUAGAGGAUCCUUACUUACUAAAGAUCAAUUUCAAAGCAAAAGAAAUGGUUUUGAUAUAUUCCCAAAAUCAGUAGAUCAUUGAUUAUUAUCAAACCGAGAGUAUCAGACUCAACAAAUGAAGAAAGUGAAGGACUUCAAUAACCACCACACCAACAACUUCAAUUAAGCAAGCUCCCACAAGGGUCAAGAACCAAAUUCUCAAAGGUGAAAGCUUUAUUACUUUUUCUCAAAACAUAAACCUAACCUGUGUGCGAAGAAGACGCCGCGGCGGAGGAAGACGUGAGGUUGACGAGAAUGAGUCUCUGAGUCGGCUGAUGGAGUCGGAGUCGUCGCGGAGAGGUCAUCGUCGGAGUCGCCGGUUGAUGGAGUCGGAGUCGUCGCGGAGACACGAGAGAAAGAGAGAGGAUGCUUUGGUCGAGAGAGAGAGAGGGGUGAGAUAAUGACACGUGUCCACAAGAUCCCGUCUCUUAGAGCACCAUUAUCGCGGGCUCUUAAGAUCCGUAUUUAGUAUUUUCUGAUUUUUUAAAAAAAAUUUGGCUAAUUAGAGAGGAGACGUAGCUUAAUUAAGCCACACAAGAGACGUCUCUUGUGCACACGUGUCCUCUCUCUUUCUCUCUCCUCUCCGCGACGACUCCGACUCCAUCAACCGGCGACUCCGACGAUGACCUCUCUGCGGCGACUCCGACUCCAUCAGCCGACUCAGAGACUCACUUCUCGUCAACCUCACGUCUUCCUCCGCCGCGGCGUCUUCUUCGUACACGGGUUUUGUUGAAUUAAGCUUCUGGGUGUGAUUCUGCUAAAUUUCUGAAUAGGGUUUAGGUUUAUGUUUCUGGAUCAUCGAUUGUGUGAUCUGAUUUGAGAAAAAGUAAUAAAGCUUUCACCUUUGAGAAUUUGGUUCUUGACCCUUGUGGGAGCUUGCUUAAUUGAAGUUGUUGGUGUGGUGGUUAUUUAAGUCCUUCGUUUUCUUCAUUUGUUGAGUCUGAUACUCUGCAUGGGGUGCACGUCAACUCUUCACUUCAGAUUACAAAGGUUCAGAUCUUCCAUCUUCAAAGAGUAGAAAUUUUGUUCCUGAUCACUCUUUGAUAUGGUUUGUUUGCAGAGCUUCUUAUUGUUGACUUCAUACCCGAUAUCAAUAUUGAAACUGCUAAAUCUCUACUCAAACAACACAAGCUGCAGUUCUCAGUAGCAACAUUUCACACUUUUACUCUCUUUUCUCUCUGUUGGUCUUUGAUUUGAAAAGUUUUGAGCAUUGUUUAAUGCAGAAGCAUAAGGUAUCCAAUACUUUUCCUCCUCAAUUCAGUCUUGUCAAUAGAUUCUGGAGAUACAUUCUAGACCGCGAGGUUCUUAUCAAACUUUCUUUUGUAGCUUUAACCGGGUCGACGAGCUAUUUCCCCACGAGAAGUAUCAUAUAGCGCCAAAUCUCUCCGAAACUAUUGCCUCUGUCUAUAUGUCCCCGAGAUUAAAGUUUUAUAUCCAUUUCCCCCCGAAUACAUAGUUCGAGACCUAUUUCCCCACAAUGAUCGAAUUAGUUGGUUUAUUAUCGGUUUACUACUUUACUUGAGACUAAACCGAAAUCACGACCCAAACUAAAACCCGACCAAAAGUAAUACCCGAGCAAAAACAAAAACUAACCCGACCCUUACAUAUGUUCAUAAACCCAAAACACAGACAUCCCCAAAUCUCUGAAAACAAAAAUAAGAACCCUACAUUCUCUAUCUCUGCUUUUGAAGAAUCAUAAUGUCAGGGGCUUCAAGUGAUGUAUCUGGAGCAUCGAGUGGAGGAAGUAGUUCUCUUCGCAGAGGUGGAAAGAUAAUAGGGAUUCCAAAGAGAUGUUGGUGUGGCACUGAAAUUGUCCCUCUGAUGUCAAAAUCCGACCAUAACCCAUACAGAAGAUACUUCCGAUGUGCCCAUGCUGCAGCGAAGAAGCUUAUGAAUGAUAACCAUGUAUUCAAGUGGAUUGAUGAGGUUUUGAUAAACGAAGUUGAAUCACUCCAAUUCAAAAUUGCAAGGCAUGAAGAACAACUGAUAGAGAUGGCAAAAACAGAGACUUUGUUGGCUGAGAAAGUUCAAAUGACAGUGGAAAAAGAGAUAUUUGAUCAGGUAGAACAAGUGUUGAUAGAAGCCAAAGCAAGCAUGAAGAAAAUGAUGGUAUUAGGACUUGUUGGAUGUGUAGUAUUGGGAGUGAUAGUGGGCAAGGUUGUAUGAAGAAAAUGGUUCAGCUUGUUGUGUUUUUAAGUAAUAUUUUAAGACUGUUCCAUGUU